AUGGAGACACUCCAGACCAUCAACUCAUUUGCAUUGGUCUUAUCAGAUCCCAGCGAUACGGACCGAAACGGGCGGAGUUAUGCAGAUUGCGGGGCAAGAGCAGAGCAGAAUCCAUACUCCGGGGAACUGGUAGCGAUGGCACACGCAUUGAGCACACUACCAGGACCCAAACAGUGUAGAAUCUCGCUCCUCACGAGUAACAAAGCGGUGGCUCUCACGCUAAGGAACCCUCGACAACGGUCCGGCCAGAAACACUACAAAGGCUUGCUAGACAACGUCGGGAGACACGCCAAACAAGUGGUUACAGCACUCCUAGGGAACACACUCGGUAGCUAUUAUGGAAAGAACCGAGCGUACUAG